UCCCACAGUUCCCCUAUUCCUCUUUUCUCUCCCUUCACUUCCCGGCCGGCGGCACUCUUACCGGUGAAAAUGGACGUUCGCCGGAGAUCUGAGAAGCCUGCAUAUCCAACCAAAGAAUUUGCCGCCGGCGAAAAACCUCUCAAACCCCACAAACAACAACAAGAACAGGACAACUCCCUUCUCAUUGCCUCCGAUGCCCUCCCACUCCCUUUGUACCUCACAAAUGGGUUGUUUUUCACCAUGUUUUUCUCCGUUAUGUAUUAUCUUCUCAGCAGGUGGCGUGAGAAAAUCAGGAACUCCACUCCUCUCCACGUGGUUACUUUUUCUGAAUUAGUUGCCAUUGUUUCAUUGAUCGCUUCCGUGAUUUAUCUUCUGGGGUUCUUCGGGAUCGGAUUUGUUCAGUCGUUCGUUUCCAGGGAUAACAAUGAUGAUUCUUGGGAUGUUGAGGAUGAAAACGAUGAGCAAUUUCUUUUGGAAGAAGAUAGUCGUCGUGGACCUGCCACUACUCUUGGCUGCACUGCUGUUCCACCACCACCUGCUCGACAAGUUGUCCCAAUGGUACCACCGCAACCCGCCAAGGUCGCAGCUAUGUCUGAAAAACCUGCGCCGUUGGUUACACCAGCAGCCUCUGAGGAAGACGAGGAGAUCAUAAAAUCCGUGGUGCAGGGGAAAAUGCCGUCCUACUCUUUGGAAUCGAAACUCGGUGAUUGUAAGAGAGCUGCUUCUAUUCGUAAAGAGGCAUUGCAGAGGAUUACGGGGAAGUCUCUAGAAGGGCUCCCAUUGGAGGGAUUUGAUUAUGAAUCCAUUCUUGGGCAGUGCUGUGAGAUGCCAAUCGGUUACGUUCAGAUACCCGUUGGAAUAGCCGGGCCAUUGUUGCUUGACGGGAGAGAGUAUUCGGUGCCAAUGGCAACCACUGAAGGAUGUUUAGUGGCUAGCACCAACAGGGGUUGUAAGGCUAUCUAUGCUUCUGGCGGCGCCACUAGCGUGUUGCUCCGCGAUGGGAUGACCAGAGCACCUUGUGUCAGGUUUGGCACUGCCAAAAGGGCCGCGGAGUUGAAGUUCUUUGUUGAAGAUCCUGUGAAAUUUGAGACACUUGCUGCUGUUUUCAACCAGUCAAGCAGAUUUGCCAGAUUACAAAGGAUUCAAUGCGCAAUUGCGGGAAAGAAUCUGUACAUGCGAUUUGUGUGUAGCACUGGUGAUGCAAUGGGAAUGAACAUGGUGUCCAAAGGUGUACAAAAUGUUCUUGAUUACCUCCAGAAUGAAUAUCCCGACAUGGAUGUCAUCGGCAUAUCUGGGAACUUUUGCUCGGACAAGAAGCCAGCAGCAGUUAACUGGAUUGAGGGGAGAGGAAAGUCUGUAGUUUGUGAGGCAAUUAUCACGGAAGAGGUGGUGAAGAAAGUUCUGAAAACUGAGGUUGCUGCUCUUGUGGAGCUGAACAUGCUUAAAAAUCUUACUGGCUCUGCCAUGGCUGGUGCGCUUGGUGGUUUCAAUGCCCACGCCAGCAAUAUCGUCUCAGCUGUGUUUAUAGCAACUGGUCAGGACCCAGCUCAGAACAUAGAGAGCUCUCAUUGUAUCACUAUGAUGGAGGCUGUAAAUGAUGGCAAGGACCUCCAUGUUUCUGUUACAAUGCCUUCCAUUGAGGUUGGUACUGUUGGAGGUGGAACUCAGCUUGCUUCUCAGUCAGCUUGCUUGAACUUAUUGGGAGUGAAAGGUGCCAACAGAGAGGCACCAGGGUCAAAUGCAAGACUCUUGGCCACAAUAGUAGCUGGUUCUGUUCUUGCUGGGGAGCUAUCCCUCAUGUCAGCUAUCUCAGCUGGGCAGCUGGUUAAGAGCCACAUGAAAUACAACAGAUCUACCAAAGAUGUCACCAAGGCAUCCUCCUAAUCAGGGGAAGACAAUUCAAUUCCCCACCUUGUAUUUGAAGCUGUACACAGGUGCUCCAACAAGUAGCUUCCAUUUAAGAAUGUUCAAAAGUAGGAAUAAAUAAAUUUGACAAAGCAAAAAAACCUAUAAUAGAAGUCAGGAGACAAAUGCAGCCAACUUCUUGUUUUUGGUGAAGUCAUGUAGGGUCUCUUUUCCUUAUAGUUAGGGUAAAGAAACCUGAAAAUGUAUUGUGAAGAUCCGUUAGGGGAAGUUUGCUGGGCUGUCUGUUGUCUCAGUAAUUCCUGAUGCCAUUUGUUAGCUGCCAACACUUGGUAUCAUUCAAUGGGCUGCCAUUAGGGGUUACCCUUUUCAUUUCUGUUGUACUGUUCUUUUGUUUGUCAAUUUGUCAUUUGUUUGUAAUUUCUGCUGGGGUUGUUUGGAUCUGACCAGAAAGUGUGAUCUUGUAUAUGAAAAUAAAUUUCCUUUAUUCAAAUGAACUGUUGUGGCUUUGUUGAA